ACCAGUGGCAACCUCGACGCGUUGCUGUCUCGACUAUUUUGAAUGAUCGCGAAAAACCGAGACGGCCCAUCCCAACUUUGGACGAAACAUCCAUAAUGAUGGAGAGCAUUCAGCUUGCACAGAUGCUAGCUGACUUGAGCGACCUGAAUGCGGCGGAAUCACAAGCCGCUGUCGCCCUAGUCAACGCGAACAAGUCCAUCCCGACAUCGUCGCCUGCCGACUCGGCCAGGCAGUCAGACCAACCGCCCACCCGGCCGGCCCUGCGACACCACAAACGCACUGGAUCCGCCGGCUCGGCAGCCUCGGCAGGCUCCUCGUUCAUAUCGAGGACAGCUUCGCCCGCCAAAUUCGACAAAUACGGUCGGCGCAUUCUUACACCGCCCAACACACGCGCGAACUCAUCCUACGGCUCCAUCCCCGGGACGCCGCGACGAGAAGCAGAGGUUAGCAGGAAAUCACCCUUCACCACCACCAUCACCACAUACCCAUCAAGCAACGCUACCAUCCCCGCCACAUACUCGCUCUCACUCUCGCUCCUCUCCACGACCCCCAGCAAUGGCCAUGUACUAAAUGAAACCCGAAACCAGCAGAUCGAUGAUGACGUGGACCGAGCCAACUCCCUCAUGGCACUCUACGAGAUCCGCGCGAAGCUGAAGGAUCAGGACAACAAUCGGAACCUCGGCAAGUUGAGAGAGAAGAUUGCUGCCCUGCAUGUAAAGCAAAUGCAAGGGGAGAAGAAGGAUGGCGACCCCGGGAGGGCGAGAUUCAGUUAUCCCAAGAGCACCUAAGAGAGCUCGUUAAUGUUGUAGGGGUGUGGUUAUUUGUUACACUUUCCCGGGUCAUGUCGGCUUAUUAUUGGGUUAUAAGUAGGGCUCAGCGAGGGUUUGCAUGGCGCCGGGUAUCAUGCAUGGAGUAUCACGGCGUUAUGGAUGUACACUAGGUUGGUAUAAACACUGUUGAGCCAGUGAAGGGGCCAGUCGGCCCUUGGGUAAUUAAUGGACGGACGGAAAAUGUACGAGUAUUCUAGGAUAGGCCACUCCAUCGUUCUCUCUGCAUUAUUGCAUGGAGAGAGCUGACGUUGAGUUCUGAAGUCUUUGUCUGUCCAGAAGCGAUGUGUGCGGAGAGUAUAGGCUCAACAUCUUUCUGCACUGCUUGCUUUGAUGUUCGGACAACAGCCGAAUAAUGCCAAUUCUCUGGAUGAAAGCAUCAGAUACCUAGUAUCCAUCAGUGCCAUCACACCUAUCCAUUGUUCCCUCAGAAGCACUUG